CUCAGACGCAUCGUUUCUCCCACCCCUCGCGCUCUCCGCUGCUGCUUUUUCUUCACCGUGCUCUUUCUCGACUCGUUUUGGUUUUCGACGCUCGUUCUCGCUACACUGAACAUCGUAGCCAUGUCGGACGAGGAACACCACUUCGAGUCCAAGGCCGACGCAGGAGCUUCCAAAACUUACCCGCAGCAGGCUGGCGCCAUCCGCAAGAACGGUUACAUUGUCAUCAAGAACCGCCCUUGCAAGGUAGUGGAGGUUUCAACUUCCAAAACUGGAAAGCAUGGUCAUGCCAAAUGUCAUUUUGUGGCGAUUGACAUUUUCAAUGGCAAGAAGCUUGAGGAUAUUGUUCCUUCUUCCCACAACUGUGAUGUGCCCCAUGUCAAUCGUACUGACUAUCAGCUGAUUGAUAUAUCUGAAGAUGGAUUUGUUAGUCUGCUGACUGAUAAUGGGAAUACCAAGGAUGACCUUAGGCUUCCAACUGAUGAAAGUCUGCUUGCACAGAUCAAGGAUGGAUUUGGCGAGGGAAAAGAUCUGGUUGUGACUGUGAUGUCUGCUAUGGGAGAGGAGCAGAUCUGCGCUCUCAAGGACAUUGGUCCAAAGAAUUGAAUUUCAAGAAUGCCGAUAUUGAAGUUUAGCAAGGUUUCCAUGUCGGGCCUUGGAACUGUGGUGAUUUUGCGGCGCGAGGUGGAACUCUUGGUUGUGGUUUACCUUACUGUUAUAAGAAGCCCAAGUCACGUAGCUUUUUUUUAUAAUUGAUAUAUUAUUAUCUUUCCGUGUUUCAUUGCUGUUUGAGAUGUGUUGUUGAUCAUUGUGUGGGCUGAAUCCUCUAUUUUUGCCAGUCAAGACUGUAUAUUCGCUCCCAGCAUUGUUAAAUCUCAGGCGAAGACACUCUUUGCGCAGGAGGGGUAUAGAUAAACAGAUAUAUAAGAAAUCCGAAGUGGUUAUUUUACUUUGUUCAUAUGUAAUGGAAUUUGUUCUUCAUGA